CAUAAAAGCUUCUAUCUUGAAUUUGAGAAACCCUUAAUGGUACAUUGCCGCCAAAAGCCACCUAUUAAGACAUAAAGUACAUAUGUACGAAGUGCUUGAAUAUGAGUAGCGCAGUGUCUCUCUUCUGCCCGACGAAACAAGCAAAUAGGAGCAACUUGAAAAUUAUAAGUACGGCUUCCUCACUUCUGUCACCUGGAGCGAACUUUUUAACCCUAAUUGUAUUUAUCCAUAUACUAACGAUAGUUGAAAAUUGCUUCUGGCUAUACCACCGAGAUGUCGGCCCCUCCCAACCUUCCAAAAAUGACUUACCGUCUCCUGGGCCGAUCCGGCCUCCACGUCUCGGCCAUCUCUUUAGGUGGCUGGCUCACUUACGGCGGACACGUUGAUAAUGAGAACACAUUCGCAUGUAUGAAAGCCGCUUACGACAGCGGUAUAAACUUCUUCGACUGUGCCGAGGUCUAUGCAGGGGGCAAGUCGGAAGAAGUUAUGGGCGAGGCGAUUAGGAAAUUCGGCUGGAAACGCAACGAUCUCGUUAUCUCAACAAAGAUCUAUUGGGGUGCUGCUUUUGGUGACAACCCUGUGAACAACAAGGGUCUCAGCCGAAAGCACGUUAUUGAGGGCGCGAAUGCCUCCCUAUCUCGCCUGGGACUCGAUUACGUGGACUUGAUCUACGCCCACCGCCCGGAUAGAUUGACUCCGAUGGAAGAGACAGUUCGCGCCUUCAACCACUUGAUCAACACCGGAAAGGCAUUAUAUUGGGGCACAUCAGAAUGGAACGCGGACGAAAUUGCUGCGGCCUGGCGUCACGCGGAUAGGUUGGGUCUCAUAGGUCCCGUCAUGGAGCAGCCGCUUUAUAACAUGCUAGACCGCGAGAAGGUAGAGAGGGAGUUUGCGCACUUGUACCGGGAAGUUGGUCUAGGACUGACCGUAUUCUCGCCUAUGAAAUCGGGUAUUCUCACUGGCAAGUACCGGGACGGAAUCCCGUCCGACUCACGAUUCGCUCAAAAGUCGGUCGAAUUUAUCGCCGGUUUCUGGAGACGAACGGGCAAGGAGAAGUGGGAUGGUUUCGUUGAGCAAGUGAACAAAUUGGAGCCCAUUGCGAACCAACUGGGCAUCAAACAGAGUCAGCUGGCCCUGGCGUGGGUACUAAAGAACCCUCAUGUGAGUUCGGCCAUAACAGGAGCUAGUAGUGCCGAGCAGGUUUAUGAGAAUGUGCGGGCUCUUGAAGCCAUAGACAAGCUAACGCCGGAAAUCAUGGCCAAGGUCGAUGAAAUACUAGGGAACAAGCCGCCGGCGAUCGUUGAAAGGUUUUAGAAUAAUAGUCUGCGUAUUAUCUACCGUUGAUAGAUGUGUAAGAAUAGUAUCUAAAGAAUAAAAAGAUACCAACGUGGGUGGCCAUCAUUGAGCAUCUCUUAAAAAUUUGGUUCAGUUACGAUGCUCUCGAAAAGGGCGUCGAAUUUGUGCGGUCCGAAGGUGUAAGGUGUUAGUAUCCAUUAAGAUUAGAGAAUACCCCUGAUACACCUAACGUCAAUCCGAGGCAA